AUGGCUCGACUCGCUUGCGUAUUUCUGGUCUUUGUGCUGGCCUAUCAGUGUGCUGACGUGGUAAACGGUGCGGUGAAAGCGGAAGACCUUCCAAGCUUCGUCGGGAAUAAAGGAGAAUUCCUCGAAACAUUGAAGGAGCUUUGUUACCACCAUCACUACACGAGGGAUAUUACUUCAGUUGACUUAUCUCACUGCUACGUUUUCUGCUACCUCGGUCAUGUCUGGAAACAUGGUGGAGGGUCUUCUUUACUACAGCUAACAAACAGAGAACCAUGCAGCAAUGUUGGCGGGAUAUGCAUCCGAGGAGAAUGCGUCUACGAGUCAUGA